GGAAAUAUGGAAUAUCCUCGGUUGACUCCAAUCAAUAUUUGGAAAGUUUUUAUUGCUCCACGUGGCAUCCGACGCCUAUAACGUCUCGCCCUGCUCACCAAACUUCCGUGAGCCUCUCGAUAUCGUCGCGGCCGGCAGCACCACCAUCUUAAGGCGGAGCUGAGUGUGAACAAACUGCUUAUAAUGGGUUCAUUGGCGACAUAUGAUAUGGAGAAUGGAGACAUUCUGAAAACUAUUCAGGUCGUGAAACCGGAGAAAUCAACGACGUCGACGUCGACGUCGUCCUCCGAUGUUACGCGGGAUAUUCUUGUUCGAUUUCGGAUUUUGAGAAUGUUCAUAGCAAAUGUUCAGGAAGUAAUGUUCGGAACAAAGCUCUCUGUGCUUCUUACGGCGAUUCCGUUCGCUUUUGUAGCGGAAUUUUACGAUGUCGGCGGCCCAUGGGUUUUUGCUCUGAGUUUGAUCGGACUCACUCCACUUGCAGAACGAGUUAGCUUCCUCACCGAACAAAUUGCAUACUUCACUGGUCCUACAGUGGGAGGGCUCCUUAAUGCAACAUGUGGUAAUGCAACAGAGUUGAUAAUCGCAUUGUUUGCUCUUCAUCAAAGGAAGAUUCAUGUGCUUAAAUACUCUCUUUUGGGUUCCGUUAUUUCAAACCUCCUUCUUGUUCUUGGCUCAUCUCUCUUUUGUGGAGGCAUAGCCAAUCUCAAUAAAGAACAAAGAUUUAACAGAAAGCAAGUGGACCCAAAUUCUUCAUUGUUACUGUUGGGUUUGAUCUGCCAGAUUCUACCAUUGCUGUUUAGAUAUGUUGGCAAUGAGCCUGCUGAAUUGGCUACUGCUUCAGCUCUUGAGUUGUCUAGAGCAAGCAGUAUUGUGUUGCUUCUUGCAUAUGCUGCAUGCCUAUUCUUUCAGUUGAAAACUCAUACCCAAUUCUUUGAACAACAACAGGAGGAAGGUAGCGAUGAGGAGGUGAGAGAAGAAGAAGGGGCAGUGAUAGGAUUUUAUAGUGCAUUUAUAUGGUUAAUCACAAUGACAGUGAUCAUAGCCAUUUUGUCUGAGUAUGUUGUGGACACCAUUGAGGUUGCAUCAGAUACUUGGGGAAUUUCUAUGAGCUUUAUUAGCAUAAUCUUGUUGCCAAUUGUGGGAAAUGCAGCAGAACAUGCUGGUUCAAUUAUAUUUGCCUUAAAAAACAAAUUGGACAUAUCUUUGGGUGUAGCAGUGGGGUCCGCGUCUCAAAUAUCAACCUUCUUGCUUCCUUUGUGUGUGAUUGUUGCUUGGAUAAUGGGAAUCCCGUUGAGUCUUGAUUUUGGAGUUGUUGAAACUGGUUGUCUUGCUUUCUCGAUUGUCCUUACAAUCUUGACUUUGCAGGAUGGAAGUUCACACUACUUGAAAGGACUGAUGCUUGGGCUUGCGUAUGUAGUAAUUGGAGCAUGCUUUUUUGUUCAAAAAGUUCCCUCUGACCAAUCGAAUACUAAUGAUUUGGGGAUUCUUCUUUCAUCUGCAAAACUUGGGAGUUCAUCAAGUUAAUUUUUGGAGUGAGUAGGUAGCCAUGUAGACAUGUAGUCCUGCUUCAGUAUGACGUCAUCAGUGGGCUGAAAGGUGAAAAGUAUUUAUGCUGAAAAAUGAGGCUUUGGAAACAUGAUAUUUUAGAUUUUAAGCCCAUUAUAGGGUUUUUGUGUUUGUCUCACUCUCACGUCACAUCUAGUUUUUGUAUUUGAAAUUAGUGGCAAAUCAGUUUUCCAUUUUCAGAAUUUUAGUUGUUGGAUAGUAAUAGAGUCUUUUUCUAGUAUAAUAAAUUUUCAAGUGUUUAGAUGAAAUAAAAAAUAAUAAAAAUGAUUAUCAACUUAUAAUAAACAGU